AUAAUGAUUGACUGAGUUGCAGGGUCCAUCUCUCUUCUUAACCCUCUGAUCCGAGGGAAAAACAAAGCACAGCUAAUACUUGCAGCGGGCGAAAGAGCUCUGCAUUUCCUUCAGUCCCCAUGGAUGUCUGCACUGCUUCCCUUGUACUGUGCUCCUUGCUCCUCGUUGCAGGUGCGCAGACGCCGGUGCUCUCCGUCGAGCCCCGCAGCGCCACCAUCAGGCAGGGCCAGUCUGUCAGCUUCCGCUGCCAGGUCCAGAGCGGGGCGCAGCCUGUGCGGCUGGAGUGGAAGAGAACCAACAACCAACCGCUGCCAGACAAUGUGAAAAUCGGACCCGACGGGUCAGUCCUCACUGUCGCCAGCUCAAGGCCAGGAAACCAGGGAACCUACCGCUGCGUGGCCACCAACGCGUUCGGGAAAGCUCACGGCUCCGCCUCCCUGACCGUCAAACAGUCCCCCAAAAUUGACAUCACCCCCAGCGGCCCGGUGAAGGUUCAGGCUGGCGAACCAAUCAAACUGGAGUGCCAUGCAACAGGAAGGCCACGCCCAUCAGUCACCUGGCACAGGCAGGGCACUGGGGAGACCGGCCAGAGCAGCUCCACCGAAGCCAAGGCUGUGGUGCAGGUGUCGGCCGCUCGGUCUGAGGACGCUGGCGUGUAUGUCUGCAAGGCACAGAACAGCGAGGGCACGGCGGAGACAAAGGUGGAGGUGAAGGUCGAGGGUGGGGCCCAGAUCUCCACCAUGCCUCAGGCUUCUGUGCUACAGACGGACAUGGUGGCGGUUGAGGGAGCGACUGUCACGCUUCACUGCCAAGCUACAGGGUCCCCCACCCCGACCAUCACCUGGUCCAAACUGCGCGCCCCGCUGCCCUGGCAGCACCGGGUGUCGGACGGCAUCCUGACCCUGCAGAACCUGGGGCGCCAGGACUCGGGCCAGUACAUCUGCAACGCCACCAACGCCGCCGGCGCGUCCGAAGCCACCGUCCAACUGGAGGUGGAAACACCCCCCUAUGCCACCAGUAUCCCUGAGCAACUUCGGGUGCAGCCCGGCGACACCAUCCAGGUGCAGUGCCUGGCCCACGGCACGCCCCCCAUCACCUUCCACUGGACUCGGGUUCGAGGAGCGAUGCCAGCCCGAGCGCAGACUCAGGAUGGCGUGCUGGUGAUCAGCCAGGCCAAGGCGGCUGACGCCGGCACCUACAAGUGUGUGUCCACCAACAAGUGGGGUUCCAGCGAGACCCAGGCCAGGGUCACCGUCCGAUCUGCGUAACCGGAGGAGCACCGAGCAUUCCCGCCGAGAGGAGCACGCGCGCAUCACCGUCCUCUUCCUGCUUUGUUACUGUAGCUGCCCAAGCCAGCCAAUCACAGCUCACUGUACUUACAAUGACCUCUGCCAGCCCGUUUACUGUGACCGAGUCAGCCAAUAGCAGCACACCGUUCUGUGUUAAACCGCAUGUCAUUUCACUGUGACUGCCAGGGCCUGCUGAUCCUAGCCCACUAGACCAUAAUAAACAGCAAAUACACAGGAUAGUCUCUGCAAAAUGCACUGCAUGAUAGGUGAGAACAGAGUAAAUUUAAAAAUAUAUAUGCUAUCGCCCUUUCAGUGUAAUUUCUACAAGUCAGAUUCUGAAAAAAAAAAACACAAAACAAUCUCAGAGCAGAAGAUGGCUGUCAGGGUGAGGUCACAGGCUCUGAAAGUUUUUUUUUCCCCACAUUUAUGACUUCCUUUCUCCUCCACCCAUUGUUCAGGAAACGGAUGCAGGAGCACGUUCAAAAAACACAGUCGCAAUGCUUUACCUCGGUGAUAAUCAGGGCUGUUUCAACAGUGACAGUGGAAAAAAAAAUCCACGUAAUCCUGCAAUUUUGAAAUCUGCAUCACAACAUCAACAGCAUAAAAGGAAUUCCUUUGUAUAAUACACAAUAAAAAUUGCCUUUAUUUUGGUGUGGA